AUGAUAUAAACUAACCUUAACCUUGACCAGCGACAGCAGUUAAAUAUUAAUCGCACAUCAAUGCCUCAAAUUUUAAUCCUCAAUAGUAUCUAUAGCUGUCAGAUAAAUGUGAAGGAAGGAAGCAUGUAGAAGUAAAAAGGAAGUAAAUUGUGCUUAUUUUAAUCACAGCCAAUGGGUAUUUAUUGAUAGAGUUGUAGGCAGGUAUAUGGGCAAUAUCAGUUAACCAGUUUAUAAUGGAACUGAUUGGAGGCCAUUUUCAUAAUGGCAGAACAUGACUUUACAGCAGGACCUGAGUAAGUAAGGGUACGUUCAGAGGCUUGUGGUUCAUAGUACCCCGCUUUACUCCCUCUCCUGCACACACCCUGUGCGGUGACCACGCUGAUCCAGCUGCUGCCCCCCCGCGUAAAUGGAAAGCUUUUACGCACCGCAUUUGUUCACUUCAUAAGACGUUUAAUUGCCGUUUUUUGCAUUGUCACACGCCGCGCCUGGUGCAUAAGUAGGCCUUAGACACUGGGGUUGUGCCGUGGAGAUGUAAGGGAUGCGGUAAUACUUCACUACAUAAUAGAGAGGGGGGGAGGGGGGUAAAAGGCAAGGCGUGCGUCCGGACGCUGACCGCCAACUAAACGCGAGAGGGACUCAGACAUCAAUAACAUCUCGCUCAGCAAUAAGGAAUUUUGAUGGAGUUAGACUGCUUAAUUAAAUAGCUUGCCUUGAAGGUAUUGGGCUCCCUGAAUUUAUAAUACUGAAUCUGAUGACCCCCAAUGGAAAACAUCUGAAGGAAGACUCUUCAGCAUCUCCAUCCACAGGAAAGCACCUCGGUCAGACACGUAAUAAGACUCGGAGAUUUCUUAUCUUUCUGUGAUGGCUAUCAACACUGAUGCUGCCUAUGGGAAAAGCACCCUCGGCGAGAGGGAAGUUUCAAAUCCCACCGACUUCCAGGACACGGAGAAGCUGCUGAGCACCGCGACCACCGAGCCCACCGGGCAAAGCAACAUCAAACCGUCCGACUCCUUCUCCCUCAACAUCAGAGGGAGCGUCCGGUCCCUGGACGCGGACCAGAACGGACACAGAUCACCGCUAAAGUCGGGCUCUGUUGGGCAGCUGGCGGCACCACCCAAGUCCUCGUCCCGGCUCAGCCUGGGCCCGCUGCCUUCCCCGGUGCCGCCCGGGUCCUUACCCCCGACUUAUCUCUGGCUCGCCAUUGUGUCCUGUUUCUGCCCCGCUGUGCCGCUCAACAUAUGUGCCUUGUGGUAUGCCCAUGUGUCGAGGUCUGUUCUCCAUACAGGAGAUAUUGAAGCCGCAAGGAAGUAUGGGCGUCUGUCUAUGCUGCUCAGCUGUCUGGCAAUGAUACUGGGUGUGGCUGUUAUCAUCUUUAUAGCGUUUACAAUAGGUAUGGAAAAAAAGACAUACAACAAACACACAGUCACAAAGCUCAGUGUGAAGGUGUGUAACUGAAUUUCUCUUUUCAGACUCAGAGACCAAGAACUGAACUGUGGGAUGGACGGAGUCACACCACAGUCUCCUUUAACUUCAUCUGAUCUCAAAUUUGCACAGAAAAGAGAGGAGGCGGAAGAGGGAUGUUAUUUUGAAGACAAGCACAAAAUAUGAAAUUGAAAACAAGCUGAAGAGACUCUAAAGUACAACUUGUUGCUUUCUCCCCUCGGGGCGAGAAGAAAGAAAAAGGAGAAAAGUCGAAGGCUCUUUCUAUUUUCCUGCAACACUCAUGUCCAUCAACCCCACAAACUCAGGAACAAAGGAAGAAAGAUGAAGACUGCACACAGUUACUGUGUCGGAUCAUCAGACAGCAAAUUCGGUGAGAAAGCGUAACUACUCAUAGUCCAAACUAGUGGUGCACUGAAGUACACAACUGCCUAACACACAAGACAAUUGGAUGACUCUACAUUUUUAAUUAUUAAUUAAAAUAAUAAUAAUAUGGCAUCAUUAGAUGAGAGGAUGUCCUAAAGACUAAAAAGAGAUAAAAGAGACAAAAAAAUCAUCAAAAAAAACCCACACAUAAGAUUUGUACAUGAUGUGAAGAGUUAAAUUCACCAUCAUGUGUUCAGACUAAAACAAAAAGCAUCAGAGUUCCUCUAGUCUGUGAUGCAGCCACUGCCUACCCUGUUUCCCUAAACAUUUGAAACUAAGUAAGGACUGACUCUUAUUUCUGUUCGGCACAGGAUUUUCAUGGCUGUGUGAAGACAUAUGAGCGAUUUCAUACACUGUUUACAUCAAGUUUAAAAUUUAUCACAACAAUGCCCUUCUGCAGUCCUAGUGUGAUAUCUUGCUUCGCGUGCUACUAUGAUAAACUGAACAGAUUCCUGUUCAGACUCUACUGAACUGCCUGGAUCUCUACACCUUGUUA